GUAUCACAUGGCAGUUUGUUCCUUGUUUGAGGGGUUUUUUUGGUUGGUUGGAUUUUUGUAAGGGGGUUUCUUUUGGUUGGUUGAGUUUUUUUUUUUCUUUUCUUGGGGGAGGGUUUCAGUGUGUUCUUUUUUUUCCUUGGGUUUUUUUUUUUUAACCUAAAAUCAAUAUUUUGGACCCAGAGAUCUACUUACUAUAAGUCCCUGGUAAUAUUCAUAAAUACUGUGAAAAGGCAUGUACAAGUAGUAGACCUACAGUUCUUAGGGUUUUGAGAAGUUUUGUCUUUGACUGUUUAAGUACUGAAGUAGAAGGAAGUAGGAUCAUUUUCCUCUUGUAUUAUUGUUCAGCAUAUUUCUUUCAAAGACAAGGAAGUUUAGCUAGCUUUCAUUUUGUUGCUGUCAAAAAUAAUAGCACUGACUUAACUGAGAUUCUCAUCCUGGUUUUUAGCAAGUAUUUAUCAAGCUACCUAUAGCUUUCCUGAAUUUUGUCAACUAUAGUAUAUAAUACUGUUUUGCAACAUUUAAGUAGCUGUAACAACUUCUAAAAUAAGGAAAACCUAUUUUGUGUCUCAGGGAGAUGUGUAAAUUUAGAAAACCCCCAAAAUCUGAGUCUUUUAGCAUUUCUCUAUAUCGUUGAUAAUCUUGUUUGCAGGUAUAAUGGAAAAAAAGGUGAAAAAACGACUUUUGUAAGAAAUUUAGACAAAAGUAUGUAUUUGUUCAGCAGUUAGACUUUCUGCUGCAGACCAAUUUGAUAUCAAUAUAUUAACAUCUUUUUACCCAAUUUGUGUAUUUCAUUAGAAAUGAAAUAAAAACCAGCAAAACCAAUACACAAAUCCCCCCCACAAAAACCCACACCAGAACCCUAAAAAACCUGUUCAGAUCCUGUAGCCGCUACAGUAGAAGCACUGUGUUUCCUUGUUGGUGUGGUGCUUGAAGAAUCCCUGUUCAAGUACUGCUAAUGUGGGCUCCCAGAGGAGAGUCCUGGAAGGGUCUGCCCUUGUCACAAGACCAUUCUUCUGGGUAUUGAGUCGCCUGCUCCUCGGGAGUCUUUGCUCUGACUGUGCUUUUCUUGUCCUGCAGAAUCCGUGCCCCCCUGCGAGUACCACACACCUGCUGCUGUUAGCAGGUGUACCACAGCCCUGUGUCGCACAGAGAGGCCAGAUCAGCAUUGCCCUGUGACCAGCCUGUGGGGAAACAAGCCUUGAAUGGGUUUUGGGAACAGCCCCUUCAUUGUGAUUAAGGAAACAGCUGCUUUUAAUUUUCUAUCUUCCUUGAUAAAAGUUAAAAUGCCUGAUUAUGCACAUGCUUUUUGGAAAAAAAAUAACGGUGACUUGGUUUAUGUAAAGGCAAUUGCAUGUAUAGAUUGGGAGUUACUGUUUUAAUUUUCCUUUUAGGUUAACAGUAAAUAAAGUUAGCUUUUUCAGAGGAAGUAGCUCAGAUUCUGUCUUCAACAACAUGACGAGCCAGACAGAAAAUAAAACCUCAACUGCCCUAAAUCUAUUAAAAUACAUACAUUUUACAAUGAGAUACAUGUCUGAAACGUGGCACAGGCAGUUACCAGCUGAAAAAGAUUCUAUACAGAGGAUCAAAAAAAUGUAGAAAGCCUAAUGAAAAGGGACAGCCUGGUUUUACAGUCUGGCAGGAGGAUAGCACUGAGAUUAGGGGAUUGAGCAAAAAGCCGGCGUGCAGAAUUGCGGGUUUUUAUAUAAUGGCUUUAGUAAGUAUCCUUUAGGACCCAGUGGAAAUGUUCAGUGAGGCAAACUUGGCGAGUAAUGGCCAAUCAUUAAUUGGUGAUGAGGGAAAAGCUGUGCGCGGGAAGCCCCUGAGAGCCUGUGGAAUGCAUCACGCCGGGAAGGCAGCGUUAGUGCCGCUGAUCGCCGACCAACGCGACGCGCCAGAAUCAGAGCUGAUUCAAUGUUUAAGCCCGGGGGGACUUGUACUGCAGGAGGUCACUGGAGUGCAGAGUGCCCGGCUCCCAUUUCCAGCAAGAUGCCUUAUUUCACAAAACUCCUUUUAUUAAUCUUCUGCUUAGUUCUUCUUGUGGAAAGCAGAAAGCACAGGAGGAGGAGGUGGACGAGCCAUUCGGAUGUGCAGAGGGCAAGUCACAUCUUUAAGAAGAACCGCGACUUGACCAAGGCCUGGAAAGGAAAGACAGACCAGCUUCUCAGAGUCGACGAACAUGACUUCACCAUGCGGCCGGCCUUUGGAGGCCCUGCGAUUCCUGUUGGGGUGGAUGUGCAAGUUGAAAGCUUGGAUAGUAUUUCUGAGGUUGACAUGGAUUUCACCAUGACCUUGUACUUAAGGCACUACUGGAAGGAUGAGCGUCUUUCGUUUCCAAGCACCAACAACAAGAGCAUGACAUUUGAUGGCAGGCUGGUGAAGAAGAUCUGGGUCCCUGAUGUCUUCUUUGUGCAUUCCAAGAGGUCCUUCAUUCACGACACCACCACGGACAACAUCAUGCUGCGAGUGUUCCCCGAUGGGCACGUCCUCUACAGCAUGAGGGUCACAGUGACAGCAAUGUGCAACAUGGACUUCAGCCACUUCCCCCUGGACUCUCAGACAUGUUCUCUGGAGCUGGAAAGCUAUGCUUACACUGAUGAAGAUCUGAUGCUGUAUUGGAAAAAUGGGAAUGAAUCUCUGAAAACUGACGAAAAGAUUUCUUUGUCUCAGUUUUUGAUACAAAAAUUCCACACCACAUCAAGACUGGCUUUCUACAGUAGCACAGGUUGGUACAAUCGCCUCUACAUAAACUUCACGUUACGCCGACACAUCUUCUUCUUCCUGCUCCAAACCUACUUCCCUGCCACUCUCAUGGUCAUGUUGUCCUGGGUGUCCUUCUGGAUCGACCGACGAGCAGUUCCUGCCAGAGUCUCUUUGGGGAUAACCACCGUGCUGACCAUGUCCACAAUCAUCACCGGGGUGAAUGCCUCCAUGCCUCGUGUUUCCUACAUCAAAGCAGUGGACAUUUACCUGUGGGUCAGUUUUGUGUUUGUCUUCCUCUCGGUGUUGGAGUACGCGGCUGUGAAUUACCUGACAACGGUGCAGGAGCGGAAGGAGAGGAAGCUGCGGGAGAGGUUUUCAUGUUCAUGCGGAAUACCUCACUCGAAAACUAUGAUGCUGGAUGGAAACUACAGUGAAUCUGAUGCCAACAGCCUGGCAGGGUAUACAAGAAACCAGAUGGUACCAGAAGAAGAAAAACCAGAAAAGAUGGUUGUGCAUUUAGCUAUGAGCAAUGAAUCUAAUUCAUCAAGGAAGAGAGGCCUGAAGGGCCAUGUGGGCUUGCGCAUCAUCCAGAACACUCAUGCAAUUGAUAAAUAUUCAAGAUUAAUAUUCCCAGGCACCUAUAUAUUUUUUAAUUUGAUAUAUUGGUCUGUCUUCAGCUAAGCAUGCUGGCACAGCAGUGAAUGACUCAGAGGACAUCUACGAAACACUCUUUUGUUGGUACUUUUUUGUCUAAAAGCAAAGCUAGAACCUGAUUAUUUUAUUGCUUCUUUGAAGGGUAAAUGGGAGGACACAUCCUCCAAUUCCAUGUGCAGGCCUCAUGGAGGAACUUGCUGUGCUGGUUGGUUUCCAGCCCACCCCCCUACUCCCGUUUGCUUUAUGACACACGCCAUUUCUCAUACUUGAAAAUACGUAUUCACCAUACACCCAAAAUGUGCUGGAUGCUUGUUUGGGGCUGGCCACGCUGGUGGUGCCUGCUGUGCAAUGGACAACCAAAGACAGUGCUCAUGUGAGCUGUAAGGAAUUAAAGAAAUGCAAUUUGUGUGGGGAGGUCUGGACAGUGCUUCUUUAAGGAAACUGAAUGAGCACUUUCCUCUACUUUUGAGAAAAUGUUUUUGUUUUUUCUUUGGCAUAUAAACAUAACUUUUUCAUUGUUUUGUGAAGAAUACCUCCUUUAAGGGAACAGAUUCUGCCUGUUGUCUGCAUAGGACAGUUCCAUUAGGACAGCUGUCUGGCCAGGAUCAGCUGGGCUGGUUACAGAGCACAGGUGAUAUGUUUGAGUCAGUGUUUUUUUGAGUCAGGGUUUUUUUUUUAGAUUACAAAGAGCAACCCACAGACAAACUGCACAUCCCAAUGUGCCUCUCCCAAUCAACACAAUGCCCUUCUGUUCAGGCAUUUGGGAUCAAAAGGGAUACGUCUGCCAGAACCUCUCUGCAGAAACGGAGGCAUGCCAGAGAUUAAAUAGCCAAGAAUAAUACUGUGGGUCCAAGGUCGGUGUAAGUCCUUUGAAGCUGCUACACAACAUUGUAACAAGCUUAUGUGCUUGGCAGUUCUUUUCCUAUCCUGUGAUAUCUCCCUUUCCUUUACUAACAACACUGACAGCAAAACCCACGUGUAGAAAUGUGAUAGCAACAAGACAGUGAUGCUCAGGUUUGUGUGCUCCUUAUUUUAAGAAAACACUAUGAAUUUUUGGCUGUCGUGGAAAUUAUGUACAUCAAAACACUUGUUUACGAAGCUGAAGCUGAGCAGUGGCAGAAGAUCCUCAAGUGUGAAGAGCCAGGACCAAGGUUAGAAUAAAGAAAAAGCAAACAAAAAUGCUGAUUUAGUUACUGAUCUAACUGUAAUUAUUUGUCAACACAUGAAAUUUUCUGCUUACCACAGUAGGAAUUCUUACAUCCUAAAUCUCAGGGGAUGUAGAAAGUAGCAGAGAAAUGUCAGCUCUUGGCUGUCAACAAUACCCAGGUUUUUUUCCCUUGUGCCUCAAAUAUUACUGCCUAAGUCAAGCUGGUGAUGGCACUGAUUUAGUGGAAACAAAAUUGAUGAGAGAAGCUAAAAUUAACAACUAUGUUCCCCUUUAAUCAGCCCUUUUAAUAACUGACAUGAAUGGAGUUCUGUCUGGUCAUAAAAGUAAGAAACCACAUCCCUGAAAUUGCUGGCAAGACAAGGAAGGACAGUGUCUGAGGGGCGGGACUGCCCAGCCUGACACUUGUCUCCUGAGCCACCAGGUCAAUGCAUUUACCACUCAUUGCUUGUGGAGCUGAAACCUGGAUACUUCUCACAUUGACAGGUGGAGAUCACUACAAGAAAGACACAAAAAAUAUAAAAGAAACAGAUCACUCAUCUUUUGAGAGGUUAAAGCCCAGGCAUAGCAGUGCAUUCUUCAGCGUUAGCAGUUCUGAGUGUGAAACAGGAGCCAAUGUCCCAGCUGGCAGCAGGACACUUGCAGGAAAGGGACCUUUGCUGGGGAAAGGCAGCAGAACUAUGCCAUGAAACCACCAGAGGGUUCAGGGAGUGAGAAACUUGGUUCCUGUGCCCCCAUUUUGCCAGUGUUUCAGCAUUACCCACGGCACAUGCCAUUUAACCUCGCAGUGCCUCAGCUCCUCCAUCCAGGAACUCAGGAGCUCUAGGAUUUGCCUACCUCACAAGGUGCCCAGAGGCUCAACAGGCUCAGAUAGCACGUGGGUGGGGCAUGCCUAUCAUUUCUGAGCAGGUCACCCAGUGGAAUCCAAUUUUGUAUUUGUUACCAGUGAGUUCUUCAAACACAUACUCUGAACCAGUCCAGCUGGAAGAAAGCAGGUAUCUCUCCUGCCUUAUGAUGCUAUUACAACUCCCUUGCAUUACUGUGAUAUUAAACCAGGGAUAAAUGUAGACAAACAGCCAAAACUGUGAGCACUGUCAAUGAAUAAUGCCUCCUGGCAUACAAACCCCAGGAAGUCCUAGUGCUUUACUUUGCCAUUUCUUUUUAUUGCACCUCCUGCUCCCUUAGAAGUUAUAUGAUGGCAAAGAUGUCCUUUAGGUUCUAUCAUCUUUGUACUAGCAUUCCCAGUAGUUUUAAUGUCUAAUGGGCAUCUUUUGGAGAGGAUACCUUACUGUUAUUUUAUUUGCAUGUGUGCAUAACUGAUAGAAAUUGAUGUCUGCUUUUGUCAGCCUAUAAAACCAUCAAGAGGAUAUUUUUUCACUGAAGCAAAAAAGAAAUCCCUCCUCUAUCUUAGGCAUUACUUAAGCUCGUUAUUAAUUGAAACAGUAAAUUAAAAGUAUAGAUGCCAAUAAAGCCAAGACUUCUCCUUCAGUCAUCAUUAUGAAUUGAUACUUUUCUGUUUAUUCAGAGGAGAGUGGCUAGACAUGAAGCCAGAACAAAUAUUUGAAGUGUGGAAUUGACAAUAUAUUUCACCUUUGAUUUCCACUGGAUUACAAGAGACUCCAUGAGCACUGUCCAGCUUCCAGUUGCCAGCUCCCAAACUCAAUGUUUUGAGAGAGAGAGCCUGAAGCUGGGCUCUGAAUGCUGUUUGAUGGAUACAACCCAAUUCUGUGAAGCACUGAGCAGAUGAACAAUGAACCUACUGAAGGAAAGGAUUUUCAGAAGUGCACAGGAGAUCUGGGCAAAUUGAGGUUACUGAUGAAAAUGCCUUCUCUGGGCAACCUGGUCAAAUUGCAAAGAGAGAAAAUGUCAGCUCUGCUCAUUCUAGGUCUGGCUCCAUUGCAAUUUGACUUCUAACCAAAACAUGUCUUUAAGAAAAAGUAACUAUAUAGAUAUGUGCACAUAUGUAUAAUGUGUAUGCAAGCAUAAUGUAUAACAAAGGAAGACACUGGGAUGUGUACCUAUGUUAAAUAGUGUCCAUGUGUGAAAUUGCAAUAUAUUGUAUGUAAAUUGCCAUUUAUUAUGCCCAGAAAACUUACUAUGUUGAAUGGAAAAAAGGCUCUUAUUGCCAGUCAAGGGCCAAGAAAUGAGAUAUUGGCAAAAAAAGAUGGGUUCUUUUUUUUUUCUUUCUGAAAAAGGAGGUGUUGAGAAGGGUGCAAGCAAUACUGAUGCUAAACUUGUGCAGUGGGUACAAUCCACUGUGCUGAUUGCUGUAAUCAAACCUGGUAAUAAAAUAACAGCUGGAAAGGGUGGAAAAGAGUAAAUUUCAUGGUGUGAACUUUAAAAUGUGAUUUUAAUUCUGUUUGGAAAUCUGUACCUAUAAGCUGAUACCCAGGGGCAAAGGAUGUGAAUAAACACCUCAUUUGUAAUUGAUUUCAAGUAAAAAUACAUUUCAAAAGGUGGAAGAAAUGUAGUGGAAGCCUUCGAGUACUUUGAAGUAUGCAAAGCUCUUUGGGAAAAGGGAGCUGUUAAUUACAGCUAUAAGCUAUGGAUACCUUUUGUGAAAACUGCAACCCACAACUGAAGAAAGUUUAAUAAUUGCUUUACAGUUAAUGGCCCAUUUUCAAAAGAUCAAGUGGCAGGUAUGUAUCUCAAUCUCAUCUGACUGCAAAUGAGAACUUG